AUGGGAGAGGAAGAGCCGGCGACACUAGAUGGCCAAUUUUUUGAAUUUGCCAAGAUGAUGGAUAAAAAGAGAGACGGAACAACGAUCACUCUGUAUUUCUCAGACUUUUGGUUCAGACAAAGCAAACUGUUGGAAGACAGAAAAUUAACAAUGACCGAUACCGGCAUCGCAUUCAAUAAAUUCAGUAAAACAGAACUUGACUGGGACGAGUGGAAUGAAUUCCUAACAGAUGUAUGUGAAAUGAAAGAACUGGACGAAGAAAAAGUUCGCGAGACUCUUACCAACUGCGGAUUGCCAGGCCAGACUCCUGUGGUAGUGCCUCAGUUCAGAGACUUUUUCUUAACUUACAAACCAAAAGAGAAGAUGCUUUUUUAAAUUUCAAACUUUGUCUUACGCCGUUAGAACUUCCCAGCUUAGUUUAUUAAAACAUUCGUGACUGAACUAA